AUGUCGGCUCCUAACGUCGGUCCCCAGGCACCGAGUAGUGCUCACGAUCUGGAUGCAGAUGGAGCGGCCCCAAAACGACGCGGGCCCAAGCCCGACAGCAAACCUGCUUUGACCCGCAGACAGGAACUAAACAGACAAGCUCAGAGAACACAUCGAGAACGCAAGGAAAUGUACAUCAAGGCUCUCGAACACGAAGUACUUCGUCUCAAGGAACUCUAUGGAUCAAGCGUCUCGGAUCGCGACGCUGUUGUCAACGAGAACAAGCGUCUCAAGGAACUCCUUCUAGCCCAUGGCAUCCCACUUGACAGUCUUCAAUCGCUCCCAGCGAUGCGUGGCAUGCCUGCAUCGUACAACGGCAGCUCCAGCGGUAGCAUCUCCGGCAGCUACCGUCAAGACUCCAGCACCGCUGGUUUCAGUCCUCCUCUUCGUUCCCAGGACUCCAAGCCGAUGAUGGCUAGCGCAAGUCAACUGCCCACCCAACAUCUGGACUACGACCAGAUCGGCAUUGAUUUUGUUUUGACGUACGACUCCCAAGGGCAGCCCUACAAUAGGGCAGUCUAUCCCUCACCCCACCGAACCAAUAGUUCAUAUCGCUACCUCACUGCCGCUAUUGGACAGCCAUUCCACCACCCCAUGGAGAGGCCCGACGAUACAGAGUACGAUCACAUGUGCGGCCACGCGCUGAUGGCAACAUGUCCUCCGGCGUCACACAUCAUGAACAAGCCUGGAGACCCAUACGGUCACAGAAUGCCAGACCUCAAGGCUCCCGACCUCAUGAAGCUGUUGGACCUCAGCGCCCAAUUGCCCCUCGAGGGUGAACUCACGCCCGUCAUGGCGUGGAUGCUGCUCCUGCAGGACAGUAGGGUCUCGCAGAUGACGGUUCAAGACUUUGAGCUCGUCAAGGCUGACCUAGCUGGAAAGUUCGAGGUGCGUGAUGCUCUCAGCAAUCUCUUCAUCGCAAAGGAGAAUGUGUCUCUUGGCCAUGUUGCCAUGCCUCAACAGAUCGAGGCAUAUUGA